AUGACUCAAGAUUCAGGAAAGAAGAACGAUGCCGGUCCCAAGCCUGUCAAAAACUCUCAUGGAGUCAAAUUUCUUGGAUUGAAGACUUCAUCUUCUACACCCUCUAGGGUUACGCGCUCCUCUGCCAAAAUUGCCUCUCCAGAAUCUUCUGGACCUGCUAAGAGGACAAGAAGUCUGAGAAUCAAACAUGGUGUCAAGAAAGGAACAUGGAAAGCUUCCAGUGUUCAGGACAUCUCUGAAGAUUCUAUUCCUGACCCCCAGGUUGAUGUUGAUCCAGAAAUCGAUGUUCCCAAUGAUGAAGCAACUCAAGUCAUCAAUGAUGUAUUGGAGACUCUUGCUAAUGCUGCCACUGCACAGGAUGUCACGCCAGAUGUUGAAUCACAGGAAGAUUGUGGUUCUAAUUCCAACUCUGAAGGGAACUCUCAUGAGUGUGAUGCUGAGAAGGGCGAUGUUUCUGAUGUUGCAAGCCAUGAAUCUUCAAAAGAGGAAUCUGAUAAUGAAGAAUUGAUCAAGAAGGCCACUGCCUCUGCUGGCAAGAAGGCCACUGCUUCUGCAAGCAAGAAUGAUGCAGAUAGGAAGAAAAAGAAGAAAAAGGGUUCUGGUGCUCAGACCCCCAAAAGUCCAAAAGCGUCUCAGAUCUCAGUUUCUGAGAAGAAGGAAAAGAAGGAAAAGAAAGAGGAGAAGAUUGCUGUCUCUAAUGGAAGGAAGAGGAAACAUGUUUCUGAAACUGACUCUGAACCAGAUGUCGAGCCAGAUGUUCCAGACAUCUCCACCACUGCCAAGAAAAGAGUCAAGGGGAAGAGAAUUCCCUUGAAUGUUCCAGAUGCACCCAUGGACAAUGUGUCCUUCCACUCUGCUGAGUUUUCUCAGAGAUGGAAAUUUGGAAUUCAUUGUGUUCCCUCUGAUUGUGAUAAUGAGGAUAGUGCUGAGUAUAGGAAAGUGUUUGUGAGAGGAAAAGGAAUUGCUUUCUCUCCUGAAGUGAUCAACACCUAUUUGGGCAGAAGCCCUGAUGCUGUGACUGAGGAGGAGCCUGACUUGGAUAGGGCUGCUAACACUCUUACUGGGAAGUUGGUCAAGAAGUGGCCAAAUAAAGGGGUCUUACCCUCUGGAAAACUUACUGCUAAGUAUGUUGUGCUCUACAAAAUAGGCACUACAAACUGGAUGACUACUCAACAUCUCUCUAGAGUGACUCCACCACUGGCCAAAAUGCUUUACCUGAUUGGUAAAGGAGGAGAAUUUGAUUUUGGUAAUCUUGUUUAUGAGCAAACUCUAAAGCAUGCAAGUUCCUUUGCUGUGAAGCUACCUAUCUUGUUUCCCUGUCUUCUCUCUGGACUUAUCUUGCACCAACAUUCCACUAUUCUGAGGGCUGAUAAACCUCUAGGUAAGAAACCUCAACCUCUGAAAUUUAAUUAUCGCAUGUUUACUGGACCACAUGUUCCAGACAUCAUGAUAUCUGCUUCUAGAGGAACUGCCAGUGCCAGUGACACUAAGCCACCUGGGUCAAGGAAGGAAGACAUUGUUGCUGAGUUGCAGGAAGUUUCCAAGACACUUCAAAACACUAUUCAGGCUUGCAGGGUAAGGAAACUUAAUGUUGAUCAACUGAUCAAAGCUUUGACUGAAGUUCCUGCUGCUGUUGAGGAAGAAGAGGUUGAAGAGGAAGCUGAGAAUGCUGAGGAUGAGAAUACAGUUGUUGAAGAAGAAGCUCAAUAUGAAACUGUUGGAGAAGAAGAAAGUGGGUCUGACAAAGAAGAAGAGGAGUCUGAUGGAGCAGGAAAGGAGGAUGUAACUGGUUCUACCAGUUCUUCCACUUCCAGUGCUUCACUUUGUUAUUUUAUGGUUCUAUUGUUUUGGAUGUAUUUGCUGAAGACUACUUCUCUCAUGGUCUAUAAUAAUUCUACAAUAUUUACACUUUGGUUAGCUAUUAUGGUUCACUCCACUUUAUCUGAUGUGCACUCUGAUCUGCCUUGUGUGUUUGAGUACUACUACUUCUGGAUGUGUAUAGAUGUUGUUGAUAACUAUGUGUGA